CAGCGGCUUCCGGCAGGGGCGCGCACGCAGCGUCAUGUUCCAAACACCGGGGGCGCGCACUCAGGUGUAUUCACUGCCGGGAGCGCGCACUCAGGUGUUUCGGGUUCUUGUUCCGGGUGUUUGUGGUUCACGGCGAUAACAUAGCGAAUUGAGAUCUAGCGAUGGGAGAGUCAGUUCCCCAUCAGCCUGAUGGGGAACGAGUAUCAAGGCAGCAAAGAUCUCAGCAGAAAGGUGAUCAGAGAGGGGCACGGAACAAUCCGAAAAGCCAGAAUGGAAAUGGUCAAGAGAAAGACUAUCGUCAUUCCAAAGGCUACAAUGAAAGGCCCGAUAGAAAGAGCUCUCAGCACCGGCAUCGGGAGAGAGAUAAGUACCAUGAAGAGAGGUCAGAAAGAGGUCAUCAUGAUGACAUAGGGAGUUGGCAUCACGAUAGAGAACGAUAUUAUGAGGAGCGGGCUACAAAUAGAGACAAAAGCGAGAGACGUCCAAACCAAUAUGAGAAAAGUGAGCACGAUCACAAAGAGAGGGAGCAUGGUAAAUCUCAGCAAGAGAAGACUCCAAACAGAUACGACGUAAGACACAACUCUCACAUGGACAGUGAAUCGUCCUGGAAGCAGGAUGACAGGAUUAAUAACCGAUACAAGGAAAGGGAGCGGCCGAAGAACGAUAGGGAGUCUUAUAGGAACCAAGGAGACAACCAGGAGAAUUACCGCGAGAGAGACUGGCAUCACAAAGAUUAUCUGUAUAGUAUAGACAAAACACAGAGACAUCCAAUGGACGUGAGUGACAAAGAGCCUUAUUUCAAAGCUGAGAGGUCGUUUGCUCCAAAUGGCUCCCAGAUAAACGAUGUAGAAUAUUACGACACAGAAUCAGAUGGUGGAAUCCUCAAUUGUCACAAAUGCAGAUACCUAUGUACAGGACGUGGUAUACUGCUGCUGCUGGAGGUGAUCCUCAACGCUCUGGUUCUCAUUUGCAUUGUCUCCUCCUAUUUUGUCCUUGCUGGGUUCAGUUCUGGACUGACCAGUGGUGGGUUCGGAAGUGGUUACUAUCCAUUUGAAGGGCAAGAGCUCCAGCAAGUCCGAGAGUUGGACCAACAGUUCACAUUACUACGAGCUCCCCUUUUAUACGGGGGGUUGACUGUGUGUGUGGUGAUGGGGGCUCUUACACUGGGGGUCCUGGCCGCAGGAUCGAAGCACCUGCUGAGUCUGUCCUGGACAUGGCUCCUGGCUGAGGCUUCCUUCUGUUUGCUGGCCUCGUUGGGUUACGGAGCUGCAAUUGGGGUAUUUCUUCACUUUGCCCUUCAGAUCAAUGCCACCGAUGUGUGCACGAGGCGAGCGAGAUUGUACGCCAGGAAUGGCCUAAACUGGAUGAACUGUGACCUUGCUGGGACAGAUGGAGGAGCUGCAGCUUUUGGCGUUUUGCUGGUAUUGUUAUAUGGAGCAAGUGUAAUUUUAACAUUCCGUGCGUACAGGGAAAAUAAAUUUUACACAAACCAUGAUAGCAACCACUAAUACUGAGAAUGUAUACCAAUCUGUACAUUCAUCCAUAGCCCCCAAUACCGAGCCGUUAUAGAGAACUGCUCAGCUAACAAUAGAGGUCUUCCUCCCCAAUACAGAUAAUUUAUUAAGAUUUUUAUACAUUCAUCCAUAGCCCCCAAUACCGAGCUGUUAUAGAGAACUGCUCAGCUAACAAUAGAGGUCUUCCUCCCCAAUACAGAUCAUUUAAGAUUUUUAUACAUUCAUCCAUAGCCCCUAAUACCGAGCCGUUAUAGAGAACUGCUCAGCUAACAAUAGAGGUCUUCCUCCCCAAUACAGAUCAUUUAUUAAGAUUUUUAUACAUUCAUCCAUAGCCCCCAAUACCGAGCCGUUAUAGAGAACUGCUCAGCUAACAAUAGAGGUCUACCUCCCCAAUACAGAUAAUUUAUACAGAUCUGUACAUUUAUAUACAUUUACUAUCUUUUGUUUAACUUAUUUAAAAUUGCAAGAAGGUUCUUAUCCCCCUCCUGCUACCCUGUCACUCAGAUUCACCAAGGCAAUAUGUACUUUCAUGUCCCAUUACUUACUGUUAACCCCCUGCUCACUUCGGCUAUAACCCUGGUGGUACAAAGCUGUAAUCUAACUAGCAAAGAAACUGGAUUGAUGUAGAAUAGAACAUAACAUUUUAUAUUUGAGACUAAUUAUUGUUCUAAUUUUUAAAUUCUAUAGACUAAAGCAGUUCACACUGCUGAGAGAGCUCCAAUUAUCUGUAACCAUGGCAAUGCAUAAACCAAAUCUGUACACAUUUUAUAUAUUGUUAAAACUUUUUUUUGAUAAAAUAAAAUUAACAGCUUUAGAA